CCUUCUUCCUUAUAACUUCUUUGAAGACUUACGCGAAAAAUUCCACUUAUAUUAAACCCUAUCUGCUUCAUAGUUGAUAGUUCUUAGUUUUUCAUCGAUUUGUGUUGAACAAAUUUUGUUUUUGUGACACAAUCCGAUCUCUCAUCUCGUGAUCUUACAUAUGUGUAGCUCCAGCCUACUCAUGCAGAUUUUGGUAGCAACAUUUCUUGUUUUCAUUCUCAAAGGCGUUUCAGGGGCUACUUUUACAUUCGUGAACAAGUGUAGUUACACAGUGUGGCCAGGAAUCCUCGGGCAGCCCGUUCUUGACACCACGGGAUUUGAGCUUAUAAAAGGGAACUCACGUUCCCUACAAGCUCCGGCCGGCUGGUCAGGCCGGUUCUGGGGCAGAACGGGCUGCAAUUUUGAUGGAUCCGGCCACGGGUCAUGUGGAACCGCUGAUUGCGGUUCCGGAGAAAUAGAGUGCAAGGGUGCUGGAGCAACUCCUCCAGCCACCCUAGCGGAAUUCACCCUCGGCUCAGGUCCGUCCGCACAGGAUUUCUACGACGUCAGCCUCGUCGACGGCUAUAAUAUACAAAUGAUAGUGGAGGUUAACGGUGGGUCGGGUGGUUGUGGGACGACUGGGUGUGUCAAUGACUUGAACCGACGGUGUCCAAACGAGUUGAAAGUGGCCAGCGGCGGCGCAUGUAGAAGUGCAUGUGAGGCGUUUGGGACUCCAGAGUAUUGUUGUAAGGGAGCGUUUGGUUCACCAGAAUCGUGUAGGCCUACGGCCUACUCGCAGGUUUUUAAGAUGGCGUGUCCGAGGUCGUACAGCUACGCGUACGAUGAUGCGACAAGUACGUUCACAUGUACAGCUGCUGAUUAUAUAAUAACCUUUUGUCCCUCACUUCCAAGUGGGAAAUCUGGAAAGGAUUUGACGAAACCUACAAACGGUAGCAAAUCCGGUCCAUUGGAGGGGUUCUUAUCGAAUAGUUCAUUGUAUGCGGAUCUUGCUACAUCUGACUCAUCUGCGAUCAUCAGUCCAUCUUCAACACUUAUAUUUUUUAUAUCCGUUAACUUUUUUAUGUUAGUUUUUUUUACUUUUGUAAGUUGAUGUAUACUUGAUGUAUAUUUAGGAUUUGGACAAACUUUGACAUACAUAGAAAUAUUAAAGAUUCUAUUCCAUUUAAGAUAGAACCGUCGGACUUUGUAUGGGUAUAUAUUUUUAGUAGACUUAAGAAAUAUGAAAGUUUUAAUGAUUUUAAAAGAAUG